AUGCAUGGAUUACAGACUACUUUGGCGAAUUUUAUGUUACGGCUCGAUGGACAAGGACGACACAUAGAUGAAAUCACAAUAGAAAUCAGAGCAAAAAAUGGUAUACAAGAAAGACUAGAAACUGUUCAAGAGCAGGCCAACGACACAAUAUACCUUGUGACAGAACUGCAGGAUAACCAGAAAAAAAUGGAACGUGAAAUGAACAGACUCAAAGAUUAUGUAGUUCGUCUUGAAUACCGCGUAAAUUCGCAAAGUAGCCAAAUAGUUGAUCUCAAGUCAAGAUCAAUGGAAAAUAACAUUAUUGUUAGUGGACUAGAGGAAAAAACCCCAGAGAGGAAGUCGCCAGAAAACUUAGCAAAAAGUCUGAGAAAUGUAUUCAUAUCGGAGAUGGAAAUGGAGGAGACAGUAGUAGAUGAAUUACAAAUACAGAAACUCUUCCGAAUGGGAGAAUAUGAUGCUCAACGAAAGUUUCCUAGACCGAUUUGUGUGCAAUUUGCUGAUAAGGCUCAAAAGGAUCUUGUAAUGAAAAGAAAACAGUUAUAUGAUAUUCAAAGAAAAUAUGCAGAGCGAAAUACUGAGACGAAAAUAAAGGGGGAUAAACUUUUUUUUUUCACUCAGAGUAAUUCAAUCUACAGAGAGAAAGUAGGAUCUCUCCCCACGGCAGACGAGGUGAUUACCAGCGACGCAGUCAAGAUUACCGUUAACCCAGGAAAGUCAAUUGAGGACAAUGGAAACCGGUUUAUGGCACAUUCCACCCAAGUCAAUUCCUAUAAACAGAUCAAACGAUCACUGGUGGAAAUCAUGCGUAUCGAAACCGUACCAAGUGCGAGCCAUAACGUUUAUGCUUACCGUUUCACAAGCAGUGAUGGGAUAAUCCAUGAAGGUUCAAAUGAUGACGGGGAACAUGGGGCAGGACGACUAUUACUAAAACUGCUAGCUGAAAAUGAAAUUAACAACGUACUGGUGUUUGUGUCUCGAUGGCAUGGAAACAACAUUGGACCCCGUCGGUUCUCCCAUAUUAAAGAAGCAGGCCUCAGUGCGGUAAAAAAUUUACCAACUUCAGUUUGA